AUGUUGAUCGAUAAGUUCACGGUGGAGAGCGCGACGGUGCGGACGAUCGAGGACGGGGCGACGGGGAUCGAGUACGUGGAGAGCGAGCACGCGUACGCGAGCACGAGGGUGGAGCGAAGGACGUCGACGAGCGUUGAGGGGAAGGAAUGCUUCGCGCUCGUGCCGGAGACGAAGAAUUUUACGAUUCGGACGCGGACGAGCGUGCCGAAGGUUGGGAUCAUGCUCGUUGGGUGGGGCGGGAAUAACGGAUCGACGCUCACGGCGGGUAUGCUGGCGAAUAAGCACGACGUGACGUGGAAUACGAAGGAUGGGGUGCGGAAGCCUAAUUAUUACGGCUCACUCACGCAGAGUGGGACGUGCCGAGUUGGACAUCUCGAAGGCGAGGAGGUUUACGUGCCGUUUAAGUCGUUGAUGCCGCUAGCGAAUCCGAACGACGUCAUCGUCGACGGAUGGGACAUCAACGACGCGAAUUUGGCGGACGCGAUGGAGCGAGCCAAAGUUUUAGACUUCGAUUUACAAAGGCAGCUCCGACCCCGUAUGGAGGGGAUGAGGCCGCGAGCGAGUGUCUUUGAUCCGAAAUUCGUCGCGAGGAAUCAGUUGUCUCGCGCAAACAAUGUCAUCGGCGGGUCAAAGACGGAGCAGAUGGCGCAGAUUCGCGCUGACAUUCGCGAUUUCAAGGAAAAGAAUGGAAUCGAUAGUGUAGUCGUGUUGUGGACGGCGAACACGGAGCGUUACUCGGAAACGCGCGAGGGCGUGCACGACACAGAAGAAAACUUGCGAAACGCCAUCAAAACGGGCGAGGAAGAGAUUUCGCCAAGUACCUUGUUCGCCUUGGCGUGCAUAGACGAGCACACACCGUUCAUUAACGGAAGUCCACAGAACACGUUCGUGCCAGGCGUCGUGCAAGCGGCGGUUCGCCUGAACUCGAUCAUCGGUGGAGAUGAUUUCAAGACUGGUCAAACGAAGAUGAAGUCGGUGUUGGUCGACUACCUCAUCGGCGCUGGCUUAAAGCCGACAUCCAUCGUGAGCUACAAUCACUUAGGUAACAACGAUGGUUUGAACCUGAGUGCGCCGCAGACUUUCCGAUCCAAGGAAAUCUCUAAGGCGAACGUGGUUUCAGACAUGGUGGCGAGUAAUCCGCUGCUUUACGACGAGGGCGAGGAGCCCGAUCACACCGUCGUGAUCAAGUACGUCCCGAAUGUCGGCGAUAGCAAGCGAGCGAUGGAUGAGUACACCAGCGCAAUUUUCAUGAACGGCGAAAACACGAUCGUCAUGCACAACACGUGCGAGGACUCCUUGCUCGCGGCGCCGCUCAUCCUUGACUUGUGUCUUGUGGCCGAACUCUUGACGCGCGUCGAAGUCAAGUGCGAAGGCGAACAGUUUCACAGCAUUCACCCCAUCGCGGUGUUGCUCUCGUAUUGGAGCAAGGCCCCGCUCGUGCCAAACGGUAUGCCCAUCGUGAACGCUCUCGCGAAGCAACGCGCCAUGCUGGAAAAUUUCUUCCGCGCCGCCGUCGGUCUCGCGCCCGAGAACAACAUGUUGCUCGAGUAUUUCGCGGUGACGGGUCAACAGUCCCCCGCAUCCGCGUAG